ACGAGUCGAGUCUCUUCAACAGCAACGCGGUAUGCUAUAUAUAUCAUCUCAGAACGCCAGAAGAUACCCAACCCAUCGAAGUUUCAAAAGCUUCUGCUUCAUCCAAAGGAUCAAUUUGUAACUUCAGGCUAUAUGCUUUAGAAGAGAUGGACAUGAAUUUGUCCAUAAAUGGCCAGUCUCAGAUUCCUCCAGGCUUCAGAUUCCAUCCAACGGAAGAGGAGCUUCUGCAUUAUUAUCUGAGAAAGAAAAUGUCGAACAAAAAGAUCGAUCUGGAUGUGAUUCGCGAUGUUGAUCUUAAUAAGCUUGAGCCAUGGGAUAUCCAAGAGAGGUGCAAGAUAGGAUCUGGGCCCCAGAGCGACUGGUACUUCUUUAGCCACAAGGACAAGAAGUACCCAACCGGGACUCGGACGAACCGCGCAACAGCCGUGGGGUUUUGGAAGGCGACCGGCCGCGACAAGAUCAUAUACGGCGGCUCUUCGAGGAUCGGGUUGAGGAAGACCCUUGUGUUUUACAAAGGACGAGCCCCACAUGGACAGAAAUCGGACUGGAUCAUGCAUGAGUACCGGCUCGACGAGGGUUCAAACAGUUCCGUGGGUCCGAGCUUGGUUUGCGAGUCCUCCCCGGAAGACGGGUGGGUGGUCUGCCGGGUAUUCAGGAAGAAGAGCCAUCAAAGAACACUAGAGAGUCCUAAAAGCACGUCGACCUCGUCCAUGGACACCGAGAUGCUGAUGAACGCGAGCGCAGACAGCAGCGUCCUGGAUCAGAUACUAUCGUACAUGGGAAGGACUAACUGCGAAUCGCCAGAGAAUUAUCAAGCGCCCAUCAACAUCAGCAGCAUGCAAACUCAACUGAUCCAUGGGAAGUUCUUGCACCUCCCAAGGCUGGAUGACAGUUCGCACUUGGGUCAAGAGACCGGCUUGAGGACAUUUUAUCAGAAGUUCGAUGAAAUCCGCAUCCCAGGGAGCGAUGACCCCUCCUCCAAGCACACCAGUUCUGAUUACGAACCGAAAGCUGGGACUGCUGGGAUCAAUGACUGGGUCGCAUUGGACCGGCUCGUGGCUUCGCAGCUUAAUGGCCAGCUUGAGAUCAGCGCUGCAUCCAAGCAAUCGCCUUAUCCCGGAGCUCCAAACCCGGUACUGGCCGGUCCGACUCCAGGCGACCAUCAAGUAGGGCAACUGUCCCCGCUGCAGCUAAACAGACCCAAUCAAAUCUACAGUAGCGAGAGCAGUUUCGACUGGAGCUUCGGAAAGUCGUCGUCGGUGACCCCAUCGAACCCGUUGCACCACUUGUCAGUAUAAUUAUAGCCAAGAUAUAUCGAUCAAUAACCGAUUAGCAGCUCCUACAGUGAAGUUACAUUUUCCUGUGUACAUGUACGCAUAGAUUACUUAGGAAUAAACGUGUUCUCUAUACAAUUCUCGGUUAAAAUACUGCUUAGUCACCUUAUCUGAAAUAAUCAAUGCAGUGGCAUUCUGUCCCGCAAUAUCUCAUCUUCAACGCAACGUGGAUUUGUCGUUUGUUAA